AUGCAAAAAUCCAAUUUAUUCGAGUUUGAAUUGCCUCAUUUAAACAUUUCUCUUUCUUUAAUACAACACGCUGAUUCUUUAAAUCAUGGUACAACGAUUUGGGACUCAAGCAUCAUCACUUCAAAGUAUUUGUAUCAAACGCUAAGUCCUUCUCUUCGUCUAUAUUCAAAUAAUAAUUCUUCUAUUGUCUCCACAAAAAAAACUUGCAUAGAAUUAGGCAGUGGAUGUGGUUUAUUAGGUUUGGUAAUGUGUUCAUUAGGAUUUUCAACAACUUUGACCGAUUUAUCAGAAGUAGUAAAUAAUGUUUUAUCUUUAAAUGUUACUAGAAAUUUAACAAUAUUAAACUCUAAUAAUGACGAUGAUAGUAAUCCAUUUAAAGCAGAAGCAAAAGUAUUAGAUUGGACAAAACUUUACGAAUCAUCAUCAUUACUGCCAUAUUAUGAUUACAUAGUAUCAACGGAUUGUAUAUAUAAAUUGGACUUAUUAUCACACUUUAUUAGUUGUUUGAAACAUUUUUCAAAUACAAAAACUCUGGUCGUUUGCGGUUUAGAAAAAAGAGAUCCAAUUGUGGUAGAAAGAUUUUUAGAAUUAUGUAAAAAAAUUGAUGAGAAUAAUUGUUUUUUCGAGAAAAAAUAUUUUUCUGAAAAAAUCAGGAAUGAUAAUUGA